AUAGCAUGAAAAUUAAUACUAGUAGUACAUGUAAUUGGUUUGCCCAUUCCAAGCGUGGCGAACAUGUUCAGGCUUCUGUCAAGAUGUCUCAGGCCUCCCAGUCGUCCUACACGAAGCUGGGAGCGCACUGUUUUCUGCUUUAAUGUGGAAUGGCAACCAUCUUUGGACAUGGAAUUUGUAAUAGAAAAUAAGGAACUGAUCAAAGAGAAUAUCAAGAAUAGAAAGAUCGAUGUGGACCUUGAUUCAGUUCUCUCUGACUAUGACGCUUAUUGUAAGCUGAAAGUGGAAGAGCAAGAGCUGAAAGACCGUGUUACCUCUCUCCGGAAGGCGGUACGAGGAGGAGGCGUAUCCGAGGAAAAGAAAGCCACAAUGACCGAUCAGCUUUGUGAUCUGAGUGACAGAACUGAUGUGAAUCGCCCCGCAAGAAAGGCUGCGUAUAUAAAACAUCGAGAUAGUGCUGUUGAUGUACCGAAUUCGAUUUCCCCACACACGCCAGUUGGCGAUUAUGAGAAAGCUCAGGUGGUGGACACGGUUGGUGAAAGACCUACAUUUGCAUUUAAGCAUCGCGAUUACAUCGCAUUGAGUAAUAUUCACCGACUGCUUGACCAACCAUCAGCUUUGUUUGCCUCUGGUCCUAACCGGAUGUUUCUGCGUGGACCUGCAGCAAUGUUGGAACAAGCGAUUAUCAGCUAUGUUUUCCAGCUGAUCUACUCAAAGCCUGGCUUUGAGCCCGUUCUUGGACCUGAUAUUAUCCGCGAGUCAGUUGUGAAGGCAUGUGGAUAUGUUCCUCGCGGAGACAAGGAGCAGAUGUUUCGUCUUGGUGGAGAGGAUGACGAUCUCGUAUUAUCCGGUACUGGGGAACUACAGAUUGCUGGCAUGUGUUCGUCCAGUGGCCACCCAAGCCACAGUCUUCCACGGAAAUAUGUGACUGUUAGUCAUUGCUUUCGGCGAGAAGCCGAGGGAGGUAUGUUUUACCGGAUGAAUCAGUUCAGCAAAGUGGAGCUGUUUGCCAUCACUCAGAAUGAUGUUGAGAAGAGUGAUGCUGUUCUCAUGCAGUUUGUUAAUAUACAGAAAGAGAUUCUGUCCAGUCUGGGCCUGCAUGGGCGCUUACUGGAGAUGCCCACCGAGGAACUAGGCAACCCUGCGUAUCGUAAGCUUGAUUUUGAAGUGUGGAUGCCCGGGUAUGAUGACUAUAAGGAAGUCUGCAGUGCAUCAAACUGCCUGGAUUAUCAAGCACGCCGCUUGCAGAUCUACAAAGGCGGUUACAGAACGCCGCGCUUACCAGCGUAUCCAGACCGAGUGUGGUUGCAUACUGUCAACGCCACUGCCGCUGCAAUUCCUCGUCUUAUCAUAGCCCUGAUUGAAACUCACCAACGUGAAGAUGGCACUAUUGGCAUUCCCGAGUGCCUUCGGCCAUUCCUGGGAAACCGUGAGUGUUUCAGUCCACCUUCGCCGCCAAGGACAAAGGACUUCAGAGGCAACAAUCUAAUACGAGAUUUCCAUUAGUCGCGUGUUCUAGCCACCCAAGUCAUGUACUACUGACACCCAAGUCAUGUGAAAUCACAAUGCACGUUUGGCCACGUUUCUCUGUGCUGGUGGUGCUAGUUCGUUGUGUACAUGGUAUGGGUACGCCUGCUGACUGUGUCCUGCUGCUGCUGCCUUGAGCAGUCUCUCCAGUCUCGACCAAGUUCACUUGGCAUUUGCUUCUCGUGAGGUUUGCUGCUGUGCAAUAUUUGAGGUGUGUGUGUGUGUGUGUGUGUGUGUGUGUGUGUGUGUGUGUGUGUGUGUGUGUGUGUGUGUGUGUGUGUGUGUGUGCAUGCUCUGCUGUGCAGAGCAUGCACACUUUUUGCACGCUGUUUGCUAGCUUGUUGAACAAGAAUGCUGUUGCUGCAAAGUAGUGAUAGUGAUGUUGAGCACUAUGACUUGUGUGUGGACUUUAGUGCACAACAAGAAGAUUGUGUACAGAGAUGCCCUGCAGAGAUGCCCUGUAACAAGCUGCAUGGCCAAACUACACUGUACCUGCUCACAUACAUCAUCGUAUGCGUAUGCCCUCUGACAUUAUUUCCGGAGCAGAAAUUGUCCAGCUGCUUUCAUGCUACUACUCUGAGAAUCAUGAUUAUUUUGCAUUCUUUGUAUCCAGUGUUGCCAUGAUUGGAUCAGACUGGCAGUUGUUUUCAAUGAGUGCUUGAUGUGUUCUGGGCUGGAUACUCAACGCAUGCACUUUAUUUUUAGUUAUCACCGGUGCCCCGGUGGUCUAAUUGAAUGUUGUGUUGAUACUACACCACGUACAAUGUGGACAAGUGUUGUA